ACGUAGUAUGUCAAUAAAGUAUUGAUAAGAUUUCAAGCGACAAGGGAGUCCUCUAGAGGUACAAUAUAGUUAGUAAAGCCACGAUAAUGCUGAAAUACAUCGCUUUUACAUUGAUCGGAGUAAUAAUAAUACAAGGGGCACAUAUUAAUAGGAAUAGACGCACUGGAACAGCGGAACAUUGGUGUUGUGGUGUGGAUGUUGCACCAGUACGGAAAAACGUGACGACAGUUGAUGUAGUACCAACACAGGUAACAAAAAUAGUGAAUACUACAUACCAGAGAGACUGCCACUUUGGAGAGACACCCACUAUCGCGGAGGGACUUCUGUGUGAGGACAUCGUCAGCCAUGUUGUAACGACGACGGAGUUAAAGGAAGUCAAUAAAACAACGAUUGUUGAGUACCCUGGGAAAUGUCCUCAGCACUAUCUCCACUGCUGUGACGGAUAUGAAAAAGUAGGAUCCCAGUGCUUAGAUCAGGGAGCAUCAAGUUCCCUACAAGAACUCAUAGAUGCUGGCCUACUUGGAUAAAAGAUAAACAUUGUAUUCAUUUGUGCAAAAUAA